AUGUCGACGCCAGCCCGACUGGAAGAGCGGAUAGACAUCUCCGCAAUAGUCUCCGACGCAAACUCUCUCGGCUCAUCCGUAAUCUCCGUCGUCCAGACGGCCCUGGGCUCCGCCGAAGCGGCAUCCGCCAGCUCUCUGGCCCGAUCAAUAAGUUCCGUGGUAGCAUCAGCUGCGUCCGGCCCCGAGGCGAGCUCUAUCCUCGCGUCGCUCGAAUCAGAGCUGGCCAGUACUUCUAGACUGUCGUCGUCACUGCUGCCCUCAGGAGUGACCGCUACCGAAUGGUCAGAAGCGUCGGUCACAGGCUCUCCCGGCCGGACAUUGAGCACGGCCGCCUCCACACCCGUAAGCACAGCUGCUCGAACCUCCCCAGACCCGUCCGCGGAGACCUCAAACGGAAUCGGUCGCGAGACCAACCACCACACCGCCAAAACCACCAAAAUCGCCCUCGGCGUCAGCAUCCCCCUCGGCAUCAUCCUGAUCGCGUUCCUCAUCUUCGCCGCAUACCUCUGGGGCAAGCGAACAGCCUCGCGUCAGCACUCAAAAGAAAAGAACGAGUUCGCCAGCGGCGCCGAGGACAACAACAGCGGCGAGGCAUUGGGACACCACGAUGACGCCGCCCAUGGUCGGCCGCCGGACGAAGCAGAGGACGACGAGAGCCGCAUCCUCCCGCCCGAAAGCACCGCCGCCGCACCUGGACAGAAACAGCUCGAGGCCGGUGUGCGGAUGACGAUCAGGCACGUCAGGCACGAGCUGCCGUCGUCGCCGGACAGCACGAUGACGUCUUCUUCAGCGGCAGCACCGUGGAACCUGCAGCAGCAACGACGGCAGCAGCAGGAUGAUAUCGCCGAGAUGCCGACUGAGUUCAAUAUCACGGAGUUGCCGUCGCCGGUGGGCGAGGUGGAGGAGUUUUAUCGGUAUCCGGCGGGGCUGCCGGCGUAUGAGCAGCAUGGAAGGUUUCGGUGA